AUGCCAGGAUUGAAAAAUCGCACCACAUGGGCACCGCUGUUGCUGAAGACAUCGAGCAUCACUUCCUGUGCCAACGGCUGCUCUCUGGGCAUCACUGCUCAUCUAACAUAUGUGAAUACUGACCCUGAACCAGUGGAAGGUGUAUUUGUGUACCCUCUGGGCGAGAAAGAGGUAUUGGUGGGUUUUGAGGCAGUGGUGUCCGGCAGGCUUGUCAGUGUGGAACUCCAGAGCCGUGGGAAGUUGGAAAACUGCUGUUCGGACUGCUGCCCAGGAUCAGCGCCGCACACCCAGUGUGGCCACAGCAAGGAGUGGAGCUGCUGUGGCGGAACAGGUCUUGAGAUACAGUGCUCCAAUGGUCAUCUGUUGCUGGAUGAGGACCUGGAGAGGAGCACCUUCAUUGUGAGCACAGGUCAGAUUGGACCUCUAGAAAUAGUGUCUGUUGUCAUCAGUACCACCCAUGAACUCCCUACACUUGAAAAUGGUGCAAUACGCCUGGUCUACCCCACAGUGCUCACACCUAUAGUCAGAGCUCGGGUUCAACGAAGCAGAUGUGAAAAUGGGGGGAAAUCAGAGGAGAAUAGCCCUACUACGUGCUUUGGCAGUGUGUCUGGGAAGGAAGAGAGGAUUCUGGGAGUUGGGCAGCAGUGUGCUCAUGCUCUGCUCACCAGUUCUGCAACAAACCUGUUGCCUUACCAGCUUAGCUUCCAGCUUCUGGUCCGAGGAGCCUGUCUGCUUGCCGGUCUGGAAAGCCCAACACAUGCUCUACGGGCUGAUGCUGACCCCAGUGCCAAGUCUGCCUCUGCAACCUACAUCACACUGGCAGAGGAGCAUCCAUGUGACCGAAAUCUUGAGAUAAUCCUACAUCUUAGCGAGCCUCAUAGCCCAUUGGUCAUCUUGGAGAGGGGUCGGCUCACCUUUAGCGAAUAUGAGCACCAGAUCCGUGCUCGUCGUGAUUUCAAUCGCUGUGCCCGUAAGGAGGAGGAUCCUGAGAAGAGGCUGGAGUUCAUGCGAAAGCGUUACCAUAAGGAUCUGCUGUUGAACCCUGUCCUGAUGCUUAAUUUCUGCCCAGACCUCCAAUCAGAACCAACAGAACUGCAGCAGGCUAGCAGAGAGCUCAUCUUCCUCAUUGACAACAGCAACACCAUGACACAGCACAACAUCAACAAAAUCAAGGAGGGGAUGCUGGUGGCCAUUAAGAGUCUGCCGACCCGCACAAUGCUUAACAUUACUGUCAUCUGCUCUACAGUCCAGCCACUAUUCACUUCCAGUAAACCCUGCACAGAUAGCACAGUGACUCAGGCAUUGGAGUAUAUCCAGAAGAUGCGUACAGACCAAGGUGGUGCUAACCUUUGGGGUGCGCUCUCCUGGGUCUAUCGACAGCCUGUUCAACGUAGCUGCCCACGGCAACUUUUCAUCCUAAUGAAUGGAAUGCUUAACAAUGUAGGCCGUGUGUUAGAACUGGUCAGGAGGAACACCUCUUAUGUCAGGUGUUUCGGCCUGGGCCUUGGUCCACAUGCCUGUCGGAGGCUACUGCAGGGCAUUGCCAAGGUUACUGGAGGCAGUACAGAGUUUCUCAGUGAGGAAGAGAGGCUUCAGCCAAAGCUGAUUAAGUGUCUGAAGAAAGCUCUUGAACCUGUGCUGACGGAUGUACGGAUCGACUGGUAUGUGCCGGAUAACGUAGAGGCCCAUCUCUCGCCCAAUGAAAUUCCUCCGCUCUACCCUAGCAGCUGCCUGAUUGGCUACUGUACACUCUAUGACAUGUCUGGAUUCAGUGCCCAGAAAAGAGAGGUGACGUCUCGUGCAUACAGAGGCCAGCCACGUGGAUCAGUCGGGUCUGUUUUCGAGCAUUCUCCCUCCACUUCCGAGCUCCUUCAGCCUCUAGUUCCCCAGGAGGAAAGAGAAAGAGAGGCAGUGAAAGAAAGUGGGGUGGAUGCAGACUUUGAAGAAGCGCUGAAAGAAAUCUCGGGAGAAAUAUCGUCGGAGUUCUCAUGCGCACACGCUACAAAUAAUGCUGUCAGCCCUGGUGGCGACACUGACCACAGCAGCAGUGACGUGCGCUGGCGUAUUCAACAGGAUUCAUACAUUCAGGACCAGUAUGUGUUGACACGCUGUUCUCUGAGUGGUGAGAGGGUCUUCUCCUCUGUUUCUCCCCAAGCUGAAUGCUCUGUGCUGGGCAUGGGUUCUUUGCCACAUGGAUUAGAGAGAAUUGAGCCUGCACAGGGAAGAGGCCUCUCACGUUGGGAAUCCCCUUGGGCACAGAACACCACCUCUUCAGGGGAAAUGGAUUCGUCAGAGAAGGCUGGCAAGCUUUUAGACCGUGACGAGUUUCGGCACAGACAAAGGACGUUGGCUCGUUCUGCUCUGGCUGGCCGAAGUUUCUCAUCUCCGCAGGGCGACCUGGACAUGCACCGCCUGAGAAGGGCACUAGAGAGGGUCUCAUUUGAGCAGGCUGUAGGGGGACGGCUGGAGGAGAACGACACUGACACUUACAGCACUUCACGAGGAGUUCUGUCCCACCCAAGUGUAAAAGACUCCAGCCUCCAGUUCCCCGCCUCCCCACUAGAUUGGGACACCUUCACUGAUCCAGAAUGCCUGUUUUCAGCUGCUCCUCCAGAGGAGUCCAAGGCUCCAGGGGCCCAAUGUCGCUCAGUCAUCCAUGGCGUGCUGAGUGGAAAAUCGGUGUCCUGGGAGGUCUGUGUGGAUCUCUCCAUUUUGUGGGCCCCUGAGAGCCCAACAAUCCUACCAGCCAGCACAGGGGCCUGGGAUGAGAUUAUACAUCAGCUGACCGCUCGCUCUGUCAUCAGAGAUUUUGAAAAUUUGGCAGAGAAAGAAAUGGAUAUUGAACUUGAGAGAGGACCAUCAAAGCGUUACAGAAUGAAAGCGAUCCAGACCAGCAAAAGCUGUGGAAUUGUCUGUAUGUACACAAGCUUCACCACUACAGACACCAAUGCGAGAAAUCAAUCUAACAGCAAAGACACACGACAUACAGGUGUGCGGUUUGGGACCAGACGUGGUUCUCACUCUUCCAAUUUGAAACAGAGGUUGUGCACAGUGGGAUUUAGACGCCGGCUCUCCAGCAGAGGCAGUGAAGAGACAGAGGACACACACACCUUGACAGACAGAGACGACACACCCGCCUCCCCCUGCAGCAUGACAUCCUGGGACAGUAGCACAGGAGGGAGUAUUAGUCCGUCAGCUGUGUCCUCCCGCUCUCAGCAUUCUGUGGAGAGCCUCUUCGGGUUCAGGUUCAGUCUAGGCAGACUAAAGGGCAGUAAUAGCUCAGGAAAACAGGCUCCUCUCAAACCUCACUGUCUCUCUGCAGAGACUGAUAGACAUACAGAGACGGACACACCUGACUACCUGCCACUGGUGCGUCUUCAGUUGGCCUCAGGUGCGUUUUUGAUGUCCAUGUCAUACUCUGAGUGUAUCCAGAUUCCUUUGGAGCGUCUGAAAAGGGCAUCCCCAUAUCUGAGCCACCGCAGCAGUCUGAGCCCACCAUUCUGCUGUACCUCACCACCUGCAUCUGGUUCAGUUUCAACCAGGCUGCAGGACCAACCUACAGGCAGAGUGCUUCAUGCCAGCAUGCGCCGCCAUGAAGAACAGCUCUGGUCUGACCCCCACAGCUCCGAGGAGGGGUCUCCAAAACUGUUGGGUGGAGUCCCACAGGCUGACAGUGGGCGGGGCUCUGAGACUGACACGUUUGAAGGUCCUUCACUGGAUCCGACAGAAUUUUGGGGAGAGGAACUGGCACAGAUGGAUGUUGAGAGCUCAAGCUGGGCCACAGCGGUAGCUUUGGCCUGGCUGGAGCAUCGCUGUGCUGGUUUUUUUGUGGAGUGGGAACUGGUGGCAGCCAAGGCAGAUUUUUGGUUGAGGUGUCAAUCACUGCCUGAGGGCAUCGAUCUGUCUGGGCUGAGGGCAGCAGCUAGGCAGCUUUUCCUGUUGUUACGCCACUGGGAUGAAAAUAUCAAAUUGAACGUGCUCUGCUACAAUCCCAAUAACAUGUGAGGAAGUCAAAUUAGUACUUAAAUCUGCUGUAAGCGAGUUUAGAUGUCUUGUUAAAUUCAACAUGCUGUUGGUCGCUUGUAGGCGUUCCAAAUCAUCUGUAGUCUGCAGAGUCUAUUAAUAGUAGAUUACUGUCUGCAAUCCCACUGGUUGUCACUGCAUUGCAUUUCUGCUCAUAUGCAUAUAGUUGAGCUCUACUUAACUUUGUUGCUCUGGCAAUGAAUGACUUCUGUUCAUUUUGUUGCUUUAUGUGUGAAUGCCCCAUUAGACCACCACUGACUUGGACCUUAGACUUAUGCAAUGUUGCUAUUUAUACAUUUUAGAUUGAAAACACAUUAAUUUUGCUGUUUACACCACUCCUGAACACUAGAACAGCAUUUUUAUAUAUGGAGAAAACCACCAUCUCCAUAAUAGCAUAUUUUGUAUAAUGAUAGCAUUAGGAAACUGAAAAGUUUGUUAUAUAUAAAAAAUAAAAAAAAGCUUAGUGUGGAUGUGGCCUUUUCCAGUGAUAUGUCAGGUAUUAGGGACAUUUUAUGCAUGGUCCAACCAAAAUAACUUGCAGGACCUUUAAUGUGCUUAUUUGGGCUCAAAGAUAAAGUUUUGGGUCUUUAAUCUUCAAGCAGAAUUUGAAAGCAUAACAGAAUUAAUUUUCUAAGAAUAGUUCAACAAAAAUGAAACUUCUCUUCUCAUUUACUCACCUUUACCAUUCCACAUAUGUUUGACUUUCUUCUGCCGAACACAAAUUAAGAUUUUUAGAAGCUCUGUAGGUCCAUACAAUGCAACCGAAUGGUGAUCAGAAAUUUGAAGCUCAAAAAGCACAUAAAAGGCAGCAUAAAAGUAAUCCAUAUCUUCAAAAGUGAUAAUAUAUGCCCUUUAAAGUUUGUCCUUUUUUUUUUUUUUACUAUAAAUCUCCACUUUCAAUCAUCCCUCCCAAGUGCCCUUUUCUCUUAAGGAGUUCUUUUGUUUUUGCAGAUUCACAUUCUUUGUGUACAUCAUCACGGCAGGGAUAAAAAUGUAUAGUAAACAAUUGCUUAAAUAUUGAUCUAUUUCUCACCAAGUCCUAUCACAUUGCUUCUGUCUAAAUAUGCAGUAGUUGAAAUUAGUUCUCUACCCUUAUUUACUGCAGGUCUUUAACGCAUUUUCUCAUAGCACAAUGACUGAUUAUGUCAGUAUUAUGCCAUUUUGGAGCUGUUGACAGUGGGAACGGUCAUCUAAAACAUAAGAUUAUUUGGUUCGUUUUUUGCCAAUGAUUUGUGUGUGGCACCGAUUGCUUGCUUUU